GAGGGUUUACUUGUGGUGUGCCGGAGUACCAGUGCCCCCAGUCAGCCCGGGGCCCGCCGCGGGGGUGACGAGAUGACCAAGUUCUCCCACCUGCAGAUGACCGCCAUGGUGCUCUUUUCCUUCCUGCUGACCCUGAGCCUGGGCUUGUGGCUGCCCGAGGUGCUGAGGGCGUUUGUCAAAGCGUUUGGUUGCCCCGAGGAACUGGUGCCCCACAGCAUCGUGCUGAUGUACCUGGUGUUUGUGCUGUGCCUGGCAAUGCCCGCUCUGCCCCGCGGCUCUGUAAAGGUUGAGGAUAAAGCCAUCUUGAUCACUGGAUGUGAAAAAGGAUUUGGCUUUGCUUUGGCAAAGCAUCUACAUGCCAAGGGGUUUUCUGUUUAUGCGAGCUGCCUUUUGAAGGAUAAAAACGAAGGUCCUCAAAUACUUGAGAAGAUGAAAUGUGAGCGUCUAAAAGUUCUUCAAAUGAACGUUUGCUCAGAUGAGGAAGUGCACCAGGCGGUGGAAUUUGUAAGGAGACAUUUGAGGGAUCCGGAGAAGGGACUCUGGGGUGUGGUGAACAAUGCUGGCGUCUCCACGUUUGGGGAGGUGGAAUUUACAAGUAUGGCACAUUACAAGGAAAUUGCAGAUGUCAACUUGUGGGGAACUAUGCGAGUUACUAAAGCAUUCCUUCCCCUUAUCCGGCGAGCUAAGGGUCGUGUUGUGAAUAUUACCAGCAUGUUUGGACGCAUUGGCAUUGCUGGCCAGUCUGCCUACUGUAUUUCAAAUUAUGGAAUGGAGGCGUUCUCAGAUUGCCUGCGUUAUGAACAACGGCGUUGGGGUGUUAAAGUCAGCAUCAUUGAGCCAGGAAACGUUGUAGCUGCCACAGACAUCCUCACUCGCGAUCACAUUGAAAGCACAGCUCGUAGACUGUGGGAUGAAACUGAUGAAAUUGUCCAAGAAGAUUAUGGAAAAGCAUAUUUCGAUCGACAGACAAUAUCAAUGAAAACUUUCUGUAGCAGCAGUUCAAAAGACAUAGCUCCUGUUAUUAAUGCCAUCACUGAUGCACUAACUUCCAGAUAUCCAUACUGUCGUUAUGAACCAGUGGAUACCUACUGGUGGAUUAGAUUGCAUGUGCUGAACUACUUACCGACUCCAAUAGCUGACUGGUUGUACAACAAUUAACCAACCUUCCAGUGUGUUACCAGAGUGAUCAGCUUCCAACGUAUCGUGCCAAUUUCCUCAUCUUCCAGCUCCAUUACUUAAUGCCCACUAACUAUUAUCUUAACUCAAGUUUACCUGCUGGAAUUGUAUAAAAAUUAAUCAUAUCAUACUUUAUAAGUUUUAUGUGCACUUCAAUGCAAUUACUUUUUAUUUGAAGAAUUAUGUGGUAGAAAUUAAUUUGUUGUUGUUUGCGUUGAAUGCUAUGUACUGUAGUUCAUGUCCAAAGCAGAGUGCAGCAUGCUGCCACUUUAUAUACAGGGUAUUCAUUGAUUUGCAGAUUUUUUAUUUCAGUAUUCAGUAUUUUCUUUAAUGUCAUUUUAACUGAGUACUUAUAUACACAGAAGAAACAAAAAAUUGUUUCUCAAUCAGUUCCCGUUAGUGCAGUUAAUAAAAACAGAAUAAAUAUAUAUAGGUUUUAAAAUGAAUAUUAACAUAUCUAAAAUAGGCCUAAAAAUUGAAAUAAAAACAGACAUUCAGACAGAACAGUGGCUUUGCUUUGACAGGUGCCUAGCUGUCAAAGUAUGGGCGAGGUUAGAUGUGUUGGUAUGAUGUAUGAGGAGGGGACACAGUCCGUUAAUCACUUAUUGCCUGUGGGAAGAAGCUGUGUAGCAUCCUGCUGGUUUUGCAGCUGAUGCUCCUGUACCUCUUCCCAGAUGGCAGAAUGGAGAAGAUGUGGUGUGAUGGAUGAUAGGGGUCCUUAAUAAUGGAGAUGGCUCUGCGGAUGCUGCGCUUCUGAAAGAUCUCCAACAGGAAAGGGAGUGGAGCACCAAUGAUCCUACUGGCUGUCUUCACUAUCCUGUUAAGUUGUUUUUGUUCAUAAGCCUUGCAGCUCCCAAACCAGGAAGUGAUGCCGUAGGUCAGUAUACUCUUGAUGGUGCCCCUGUAGAAGGUCCUUAGGUGAACAGUAGGGAGACCUGCUUUUCUUAGUCUCCGGAGAGGGUGGAACCGCUGCUGAGCUCUUUUGAUGACUGCUGUGGUGUUGGUCGUAGAGGUCAGGUCAUCCGCCAGGUGAAGUCCCAAGAACUUCACACUGCUGACCCUCUCUACGGCAACACCAUCAAUGUACAGAGGUUUGUGAUGGUGUUUUCCAGCCCUCCUGAAAUCGAUCACCAUCUCUUUUGUCUUUUUCACGUUGAGGGUGAGAUUGUGAGAUCUGCACCAUUCUGUAAGCAGCUCCACCUCCAUCCUGUACGCCGACUCAUUGUUGUCACUGAUGAGACCCACCACUGUUGUGUCAUCAGCGAACUUAUUGAUAUAAUUAUUGCUGAGUCUGGCAGUGCAGUCAUGAGUAAGCAGUGAACAGCAGGGGGCUUAGGACACAGCCUUGGGGUGAGCCAAUGCUCACAGCGAUGGUUCUUGAUGUCCAGCUGCCCCCCCUGACUGUCUGCUGCCGCUGCGUCAGAUAAUUAAGGACCCAGUUGCAAGUGCCAGUAUCCACCUUCAACAGCUUCAGCUUCUCCACCAGCUGCUGUGGGAUGAUUGUAUUAAAAGCUAAGCUGAAGUCUAUGAAGAGGAUCCUGGCAUAGGUAUUCUUCCGGUCGAGAUGCAAUAGUGCGAGGUUGAGUGUUGUAGAGACUGCGUCCUCUGUGGACCGGUUGGCUCUGUAAGCGAACUGCAGUGGGUCCAGGUCGGCAGGGAGACAGUUUUUUGAUGUGCUGCAUAACCUGCCGCUCAAAACACUUCAUUAGUAUGGGUGUGAGAGCCACUGGACGAAAGUCAUUGAGACAGGCUGGGUUGGGCUUCUUCGGGAUGGGAACGAUGGUGGCACUUUUGAGGCAGUUGGGCACUACUGCCUGGCUGAGUGAGAUGUUAAAAAUGUCUGCAACGACAUCUUUUAGUUGCUCUGCGCAGUCCCUUAAAACGCGUCCAGGAAUGUUGUCCGGCCCUGCAGUUUUGCUUGGAUUGACGCUGGCAAAGGCCUUUUUAACUGCGGCUGUGGACAGUCUGAAUGACUGGUCGCUGGGUGAUGGCAGGAGUGCUUGUAUCUGGGUGGUAUUUUUAGCCUCAAAACGUGCGUAAAACUCGUUCAGUUCAUCUGGUAGAGAGGGGUCGUUUUGGCAUAUCCGUAGCGGGGGCGGGGGGGGGCUUGUAGUCAGUGAUGGUAUGAAAUCCCUGCCACAAGCGACGUGUGUCUUUGUCGUGUGUUCUUUUCCCUGGUUGCAAUGUUCACAUGCUGGUAGAAUUUAGGUAAAACAGAUGUAAGACUUGCCUGGUUGAAAUCCCCAGCUGCCAUGAAGAAAGCAUCGGGAUGUUCCCUCUGCUGCUCACUGAUGUUGUAGAGCUCUGUCAUAGCAUCCUUCACGUCCGCGCUCGGUGGUACAUAGACGGCCGUUAUGAAGACUGCCGUCAGCUCCCUCGGUAAGUAGAGGGUCGGCAUUUCACAGUCAUUAGCUCUACGUGAGGUUAGCAGUGAGUAGAAACCACCACGGCAUCCCGACACCACGAUCUGUUGACAUACACAGCCACGCCGCCUCCCCUUGACUUACCGGCUAGCGAAGCUACUCUGGCAGCUCUGUAUAGGAUUAGCCCCUCCAGCUGGAUCGCAACGUACGUGAUGUUCUGGUUCAGCCAGGUCUCCGUAAGGACGUAGACAGCAGUUCCUCACGCUAUGUUGAGAAGCUCUCCACACUCUGAUGUAAUCCAUCUUGUUGUCGAGGGAGCAGACAUUUGCCAACAUGAGUGUAGGCACUGCUGGUUUGUGUGGAUUAGCGAUUAGCCUAGCGUAGACUCCUCCGCGCUUCCCCCGCUUCCGCAUCCUGCUACACCGCUUACGAUGAUUCCUCACCAAUGUUGCUCCAGGUGCAGCCGUGGCUUUCCUUGAGUCGACACGGCGCAGAAGUCCCAGCUCGCUCAGUAAGUGUUUGUCGUAACAAGAAACUUUGUUGUGAGUGUCCAACAGAAACUGUCGCACAUACAUACGCUCUCCUUUCACUCAUUCUACAGUCACACCACUCGCUCCAAUAACACAUGAAACCAUUGAAUUUUCACUGAGAGAGGCCGCUGCAAACACCGUUCGCGCCGCCAUCUUGGUCAGCUGAUAUAUUGCUAUUGAUUCUUUUGGGGCCAUCGGUUCAUGAACCUAUUUUUCCACUUUAAUGAAUAGAGAAGUUCUCUAUAUUCGGUACCAAGCCAUCUAGAUUAAAAAAAAAAUUUCCUUCAAGUUUUCGCAGAAUGCAUCCAUUUUGUAAGUUGAGGAAUGGCUUUGCAAGUUUAGUAUAAACUAAGUUGAAUCCUGACUUGCACAGUAAUGGGUUUCCCUCAAGUGCUCCAGUUUCCCCGCACAGGACAAAGAUGUGCUAGUAUGUUAAUGGUUACUGAAAACUGCCCUGAAUGUAGGCUGGUUACAGGAGAAUAGGUGGGGAAUUAAAAAUUAGAGGGGAUAUGAGACUUAGAGGGGAUAUAAGAUUAGUGUAACUUAGUAUGUAGGCGUCCUUGAUGCUUGGUGGGCCACAGAGACUGCUUCCAUUCUAAGACUCUGAAAUUAUUUUUAUUUAUAUUGCAAGUUUGUUGAAGGUAGCCAUCCUAGAGAACACAUUGAUUUUUUUUCAGAGAUGUUCUUUCUUGUCCUACCUGUAUGGAAAUUAACUUUUCUGUUAUAGGUGACACCAGUAUUCCAUGGCUGCCCAUUGUGCAUAUCAAUUAUAAUAUAAUUGGGGAAGUAAGACUUUCUACAAGAAGUACACAAUUCCUCAAACUCCUGUGGUUCUGUUGAAUAUUUGAGAAUAGAUUCAGUCAGCUUCAUUCAGCUAAAGAGAGAUACUUAAUGUGUGUUUCACCAUUCUGUCUCAGCAGGGCAGAUCAUAAUCACUGAUAAUCUUAACCCGCGUACAUACUGCUCAACAAAAAAGUCCAUUUGUUGAUCCUCUAAAUUAUGUAUGCCUGUCUUUCUGUUUGUUUGAAAACUGGUUGGCAACAGUUGUUAAAUGAAAAUUUGUAAUUUUGGGUCAUGAAUAAUCCUGGUUCUAUGAAUUGAACAAAUAUUGUGUUCUUUGCAACGACAUUUUUAUCAUUUGAGCAGUGUAUUGCCAUUAUUUACACUGCACGCACAGCCCUAUAUUAAUAUAAUAGACUGGAAAUAAUAACAUUUCCGAAUAUAUGCACCAUCAGGUCUGCACUUACCACCAGUUUUCAUAUCUAACAGUUUUUUUUCCUUUGGAACAGCUCAAUAUACCCUCUGUUAUUUGUAGAAUUAGUUCUUUCUUAACCUCCAGUUUUGUUUCAGAGUUUGAGCUUCCAAGGAUAAGAUCAACCGAGAUGGUGACAAGCUAUUCUGAGUAACUAAAGAAUCUUGAUCUUCUGACAGGUGCCUCUUAGGAAAUGCCUCUUGGUCACCAAACUACAGAUUAUGCUUUGAUAUGAUUGAUGAUAUAUCUCCAUUAUGAAUAGUGUCCAUCUUUAAAGUUGAUUUAUCACUUGUCGAAAUUGGCACUGAGGACAAGAAAAGCUGCAAUUAAGAAAGUAACUUUGGGGCCAUGUAAAUGAAUUAGCAACAUAAUUUACCCGAGAGUCAAUUUAAAUAUUGAAUAGACUUAACAGAUCCAGUGAUCUUUGUUCUUCUGCUACAGCUGGGUCUAAAACUAAACUCUAGAGUAAGACCUCUACUUUUUAGAGGCCACGUUUAAUAUAUUUUUUACAUUGGAGAAAACUUUCCAUGUUUUGAAUCAGCUUCAUGAAGGAGGAUUUACCAUCCCAUUGCAAUCAUUUGCAUGAACUACAUCAUUUGCAUCCAUACACACUGAGGCUAUGAGGUAAAGAUUAUUAUUGACUUGUUUUGGUGCUCUAACCUUGAACAGGGUAAACAUGUAGAUUGGACAUGAGUUUGCUGACAUGAGAUCAAAGUGAACAGUGAAGUUCAAUGAUGAUCUGUAUCAAUUCUGAGUAGUUUACACAAAAUAAAACAAUUUGCACAAGGUU